CUUGUGUCUGUCCCAUGAAAAACUCUUAAAAAUGCAAUUUUAUUUUAAUUUUAACAGUUUUUGAUUCAAAGCGUUUGUUUUAUUUAGUGAUUACUGGCUUCAGUAAAAUAAAUAUUUGUGAAAAAGAAAUGAACGAUAUUCUAAGUGCAUAAAUUGGACUGAAUUCCAUACUCGACUAUAAAAAUUUUUAUAUUGGCUCAUUCGUUUUACUUGGAAUUCUGCAUCAUGGAAGCUGAGAAGAGAAAUUUAAGAGGCAUUCUAACAGCUAAUCCUAGAGCAAUGACUAUUCGCCAGUUGAAUGCGGAGUAUUAUACAUUAGUAGGUUAUAAUAUCCCUUAUAAACAAAUGGGUUACCAUACAUUGGAAGACUUCCUACAUUCCAUACCUGAUACAGUUCAGGUUCAAGGCAGCGGUGCCUACGCUCUUGUAAAUAUAGUGCUGUCCCAAAAAUCCUCACAUGUUUUGGAAUUAGUGGCUAAACAGAAGAAGCAGCCUUUAAAACGAAAUACUAGAAUGCCUGUUGCUAAUAGAAGAGUAGUGGUACCAGAUUGGAUUCCAGCUCAGAGGUCUCGAAAAAUAUUUUAUCCUCCUCCUCCUCCUGCUGCUGUUGCUGCUCCUGCAGCUUCUAGAAGCGAUUAUCAAAACCCCAAUAAACCCAUUCAGAAUUUACAAAGUGGCAGCUCAGUAGCAACUAAAGAGACUUUGCAACAGCCCAGAAGUAAUUCGAAUCCAGCAGCUACUAUUCCCAAGCCAAGCAGAUUCAAUAACAAUACAAAUACUUAUAAAAAUAAUGUACCGAAGUUAUCUCCUAAUGUGGACAGUAGCCAAGCGGUUAGCGAAGUCUCCAAAGCAUUCGAGCAAGUUAAAUUGACUUCGACGCCGAAUCAUGUAGCUUUAGAGAGUUUGAAUAGAAGUCAUUCGUCUGGUGCAGGUUUCAUAUCGGAUCAACGCCACAAUAUCGUCACUCCUAAAAAGAAUAAUAUGUUUAAUAAACUAAACAACAUUCAAUCUAUCAGCGGUAACAGCUCGAUUAGUCCUUUGAUAGAGAAUUCGGAAGAUCGAAUUCCCGAAACCGUGAGGAAGAAUCUCCAGGUGUUGAUAGGAAAAUUCCCGGAUGGGAUUUGGUGUACGGAAAUACCGGAGACUUACAGCAACAUGUUCAGAAGGAAAUUGGUUUAUCAAGAAUACGGUUUUGGCAAGCUAAUGGACCUUUGUACGUAUUUAAGUUCGAUUUUUCAUUGCGUGCAAGCUUCUUCCGACGAUUAUAAAUUGUAUGACAAAAGCAAACCCCUUCCAGCUGAUGCUAAAAACAAUUUAACCGCCAGUAAUAGUACUAGUAAAAAGAUAUUUAAAGAUGACUUGAAUGCGUUGCCGAAAGUCGACUUUGCCGACAUACUGCUGUUUCUUCCUCCGAAUGUAUUUAAACCGGGCAACGAAAUCCCAAGAACGUUUGUACCCGAUGAUAUGAAACAAAACGACACCAUGGAAGUAGUAAUCGGAGAAAUUUACGAUAUUUCUAAAUUUUGGGUGUCCAGGAAUGAUGGAAAACUCGAUGAUCUCAUGAAUGAUAUUCAAGAAUUUUACGGUGAAAACGGUAAAGAGUACAAGAUACCUCAUGAUUUUAUAAGGGAAGGACUUUACUGCGUCGCAAUGAUUUUUGGCGAAUACCACAGAGCUCUGAUUGUUGAUAUCAUGAAUCCCAACGACGAAAUGAUCAGAGUAUUCUUCAUCGACUACGGCACGGUGGCGAAAGUUAAAUCCGACUUGUACUUUCUUCACGAGCAGUUCGCGAAGCUGCCCUCGCAGACCAUAAGAUGCAGUUUGGCCAACAUCCGUCCGCCCGUCAAAGGCUCUCCUUGGUCGUACGAAUCUUCUCAGGAAUUCAGGAGAUUAGUCAAGCAGAGGAAUUUAGUGGUGCGAAUCAAUCGUAUCGAUAGAAAAGAUCAGUAUUUGGACGUGUUCUUGGCGGACGUCACCAAUCCACAGAAUAUUUUUUACAUAAACAACGUAUUGGUCGAGAAAGGGUUCGCGGUUCGCAGUGAUCAAGAACAGAAGGCAAGCAUAUCGGAUGCACUAAGCAAGCCAAUAGUCCAACAAAUUCACUUAUUCCCCACGUUUUGGGAACUAGAGUACGGAUUAGCGCCUUCCACAUUAGAAAUGGAAGUGUUUCAUAAAUGCAAUACCCCCAUUAACUUCUGCUAUCCCCAAUACUUCGAUUUUGAUUUAUCGAAGGAGGAAAGCGUCAUCAGGCACACGGAAAAGUUCUACGAAGAGAACAUCCUGAAGGGCAUCAGAAACAAGAUGCGCCAUCAGCAGGACUUCGAUCUCAGGGAAAUCAAAGACAAGCCGAUGGAUUUCUCCAUAUUCGGCGAUUUGGAGCAGGAAAUGCGGACCUUUUACAAAACCGAAUGUGCAGGAGAUAACGAAGAAGUUACCGAUGAAAAUAUGUAUCCAACAAACAACGAGAUGGUGAAUCGAGCUCUAAACUCGUUAAGACAAGACACCCAAUUGAGUAAAGACAUCAUAAACGACAUCAACAGCAUUAUAGAUCUGAAGUCUUCGAUCACAGAAUCCGAUUACGAAUCGGAAUACAGCGAAGACUGCGCCAGCACGGGGGAAAUAGAAGGAGCCGCUGCUAAAAUGCCUUCAGACGAAGAUCACGAGGCGGGCGUCUACAGACAUCCACUUCAAGACGUCUGCUUCUCUCCGAGCAACAGCUCCGGAAGCUCGGAUUCCGUCUACAAUCCCAAUCCGUUCGAUUCCAAGAGCUUAUUAAUAGAAACGAAAAACGAAGUUGCAGAAGAGCUGUCUUCUCUGAAAAGCUCCAACCCCAACAAUCCUUUCCUCAGCAGUAUCUCAUUGAGCGACCCGAAGUGCGAUAUCAUCUCGGAUGAUGGAAGACUGUCUUCUACUAAUCCAUUCCUCAGCUACAAUCAAGAGUUAAACGAAGAGUCGCAUUCGGAUGUAUCGAAAUACGGGAUUCCCAAGCUCGACGAUGUACCGGUGUACAAAAGUUGGUCAUUAGGGGAUCAGGUUACUUCGGAUAUGAGCAUGAGUUCCUACGAUGAACCCUCCGGCGUGGUGAUCGAAGAGUGCACGAGCGAGACAGUGGAGGCUGCUCCGAAAAAGGCCGUGCAAGUAUUGAAUAAUACGAAUUGGAACGUUAAUACGCCGGAAUUCUUUCCCCAAAACGUGUAUUGUCCCCCGGCUUACGUGUAUCCGUACCUUUAUAACAUGGGCUAUCCGGGUUUCAACGUUCCGAUGCACCCGAUGCAGCCGAAUUACAAUUUUACCCAGGUUACUCGCGCUGUAGCCGAUUUGAGAAGCCGAGUUCCUCCGCCGCCUGGCUUCAAUAACGUUAAUAUAAACAUUAAUUACCUUCAAAAUAAUCCGUGCAGUGAUUAUACCGAGUUUUUAAAGCGACGGUUGAGUUAAGUUUUUUAAUGAUAUACAUACUGAUGUAAGAAUUUGUUUUUUUUUCGUUUUUAAUUGUUCGUUUCGGUGGUAAUUGGUAAAAAAAGGAAGUACAUGAACUUUAUUACGAUUAUCUGAAACGAAACAGUGUUUUUUUGUCUAUUUAAAAGAGCGAGUGCCAUUCGUUAAAACGGGUGUUGAUGUGGGUUAUUUGUUUUAAUAAUUGUUGAAUAUUCCUUGUAUUACCUCAGUUUAUUUUUAUAAUUACGAAUGUUUUUUAUUUUGUUUAUAAUAAACAAAUAUUGAUUAUUUCCCUUAUUCCUAAAAACACAAUUCGUGAUUCCAAAACAACACGACAGUAUCACAGCUAAUUAAUCAAUUAUCAACUUUAUUUUUUAAUGUUAAAAGCGAUAACAACAAUUCAAUGUAAUAAACAUGAUGAAUCUUCAUUUAAAAGCACGCUUUUAAUACGAAUUAAACGGUGGUACUCCAUAUUGAUCGUAUAUCUCAUUCCAAAAUCUGUAGGAAUCUUCCUUAGGAUUCGUCCUGAGCUCCAACGAAGACCCUAUAGCCAUGUACCUCAAAUUAUACGGUUUGAUAGGCGGCCAUUGGAUAUUCUCAAAAAGUUCCACCCUCUCCGGCGUCGGAUCGCUACAAAAACACAAACCCGUGAAUCCCCUGUCCCUCCUAAACACUCUUCACUUACAGACGCUUAACCAAAUUCGUGAACAUCGUAAUCAAACGCUCCUGCACGAGUUGAUCCUCUUUGGGAUAUUUACUCAAGUCCGUGGUGUUCAAACCGCCGUAGUUACGUCUCUGCAGGAAGCUGAUCUCUUCGCCGUGCCUCACAUCCGAUGAAAACCCGAUUACUGGA